AUGGCAUCAACUUCGAAUAAGAGGAGCAUUGACGAUUUAGAGUUAGAGGAGUGCUGCAGGGCCGUGAAGAGAAUGGCGAUUCGCUGGCCUCCUGCAACACUUGAGUCAGUGGAUGGAGACAAGAUCACGACAACUGCUGCUAAAAGCAAGAAAAAACCUUGGCGACUUCAGAUGCAGCCAAAAGAUAGAGUCCCACAGAAGAAGACAACUCAGCAGAGUUGCUCCCCUUUAAAGGCUUUGGAAGAGCAGAUUUCGGUUAUGCUGAAAGCAAUAAGAAACUCCUGUCCUAACAUCGAAGAAACCAAGACAAAGGCGGUAGAAGUAGACCUUACACCUAACCCCACAAAGAGAGGAAAACCCCGCAUGAAAGGAGCAAGGAAAAAGCCAUAUCAAAAAUCUGGCGGAGAGGACAACAAACGCAAAAAUCCCGAAAAAGACAUCCCCGUAGCCCCUUUACCUGUUUUGGUGGCACCUCCCAGCUACAACUUGUUACGGAGUGAGAGUACAUGUACCACCACCAAAACCAAAAAGAUAAAGUGUACAAAGACUAUUUCCUCUGUGACAGCAGACGUGGCGUGUUCAAGCAGCAAGAACACCGAUAAAGCUGGAAAUGCCACUCACAAACGUAAACAUCACAGACAAUCCGCAAAAAGCUCUAUCAAGAAGAGAAGAAUGAUCCCAGAAGACUCAUCUGUGGAAGAGCUCAUCAGCAAGUUUGCCGAAUUGGCACUGUGAAUGGACAAUUUACUUCCAACUUGCUCUGUUUAAUUAUUAUUGAUUUCAAUAUUAUCUGUUUGCCUUAAUCACCGAUUUAAAUAUAUUAAUUAAUUUUUUUAAAAAUCAAAUUAGAUAUGGAUCGUUUUAUAAAUUAUUUACAAA